AUGGGUGAAAAAUAUAAGGAGCGGCUGUUGCAGUUAGAAAAAGUCUUAUUGUUAGAAAACGCUGAGAUAGAUUUGGGUGACUUGAGACUCUGCUGCAGUUUUGGUGUUCCUGACUCACUGCGACCUUUGUGUUGGCGUCUACUCCUUGGUUAUCUACCUAUGGAGCGACAGCAGUGGCCUGUGUACCUUCGAAAGCACCGCGAAAUUUAUAACAGUCUUGUUGAAGAUGUAAUUGUUCAUCCUGGCCAGUUACCUAUAGCACCAGAUCACGAGACUGCCGAAGAUCAUCCAUUAAAUCUCAAUCCAGGGAGUCAGUGGAAUAAUUAUUUCAAAGACAAUGAAGUGUUGGCUCAAAUAGACAAAGAUGUUCGACGGCUUUGCCCAGAAAUCGAUUUUUUCCAACGAAUUACUUCUUAUCCGCAUAGAUCAGCAGCAAAAAUCAAUUUGUCAAAUCGUAUUCAGCAAGAGAACCUUUAUUCAGAAGUUCCACCAAGUAGUCAUUUCAGUGCAGGGAGUUUUAUUGCUUCACCAACUAAAACAGCCAGCAAAGAAUAUUCUAAUGUCGUUGACGAAAAUGUUGAAUACCAUUGGCAGGUGGUUGAAAGAGUAUUAUUCAUGUAUAGUAAACUUAAUCCAGGAGUUAAAUAUGUGCAGGGGAUGAAUGAAAUUAUGGGCCCGUUGUAUUAUGUAUUUGCAAAUGAUGCUGAUGGCGAAUGGGCAGAGGCGGCUGAAGCGGAUACAUAUUAUUGUUUUCAGUUGCUGAUGAGCGAAAUCAAGGACAAUUUCAUUAAAACUUUGGACAAUUCCAACUGUGGCAUUGAGUCACUUCUGGCAGAAUUUAAUGAAAGAUUGAGGAAUUGCGAUCUUGAUUUGUAUAAUCAUUUGGUCGAUGUGGGCAUCAAGCCGCAAUUCUAUGCAUUCCGCUGGCUUUCUUUACUUUUAUCACAGGAAUUCUCCCUACCAGAUGUUAUUAAUAUAUGGGAUUCGUUGUUUUCCUCACCUGACCGUUUGCGAUUUCUCCACUGGAUAUGCUUAGCGAUGAUGGAAAAAGUCCGUGUCCAAUUGCUUGAAGGAGAUUUUACAGCAUGUCUAGAAAUGCUACAGAAUUAUCAUGAAACCGACGUCGGGGAAUUGAUUGUGGUUGCACACAAGAUGAACGAAGGGUGCUAUUGUUUCAAAAACUCGUGUAGAGACAACACGGAGAGUAAUUUUUCGAAAUUGGAAGUAAAUCCGACUAUCAAACUUACCAAUACCUUCACUAAUGUUCUAAGGAUAUUGUCAAAGAAAUAUUAA